AUGUCAUCAUCUACUAAUCCCGACAACAUCAACCCACAGCCCACCAGCGACGGCGGGAGUGUCGCAGUCGGAAUCGUGCUCGGUAUUCUGGCGGGUAUAUUUGUCGUCCUUGUGUUGCUCUCCAGACUUCUGUGCAAGAACCGCGGCGGUGGCAGCCCGGAGGACUUGGAGGCUGGAAAACGCAAGAGACUGGCGUCCAUAUUAAAGCUUGACGGCGUGGCACCAAGUCGUGCCUAUGGAAACGACCAAGAAAAGGCCGAGCCUGAGCCCAAGCUACCGGCGUCCUGCUCUUUUGACAACGUUAUAGUCUGGUAG